GCCGAGGAUGGUGCAAUUCGGGGCCCGAGGGCAUCAGGCAGCGGCGGAUUAGCUCAGGUUUACAUCACCCGGCGGGAGCUGGAGCCCGGCGCCGGGCGCGCACCAGACACUCGCAGCUCAGGCAGCCGAGGCUCCGCACGCGUCCGCUGCGAGUGGCUGGGGCGCAAGCUGGACCUGGAUCCCGAGAUCAGCCGCAGCGGAGCGGGCUCCGUUCCACCUGCGGGUGCCCUGGCCACUCUGAGGACCCGAGGCGCCAGGACCCGCGCGGGACUCCAGGACAAGAUGCCAGCUGCCCCUCUGGCUGCUCCCGCAGGCUCCUACUCCAGGAAGAAGCCACUGGAGCUGCAAGGCGACCCAGACUCUGAGCCUCCCACCCUGAAACGAGCAGGAAGCAGGUCCCAGCCCGGGCCGCCCCGCUGCCUGCUGCCCCUGAGCCCACCCGCGGCUCCCGACCGGGCUCCUGCCAUUGCCCCUGCCUCCCGGCUUGGGCCAUACGUCCUCCUGGAGCCCAAGGAGGACGGGCGCACCUACCGGGCCCUGCACUGCCCCACGGGCACCGAGUACACCUGCAAGGUCUACCCUGCCUGCGGCUCCCGCGCCCUGCUGGAGCCCUACGCGCGGCUGCCCCGCCACCAGCACGUGGCGCGGCCCACUGAGGUCCUGGUGGGCACCCAGCUCCUCUACGCCUUUUUUGCUCGGACCUACGGGGACAUGCACAGCCUGGUUCGCAGCCGCCGCCGUGUCCCAGAGCCCGAGGCCGCUGUGCUUUUUCGUCAGAUGGCCGCCGCCCUGGCACACUGCCACCAGCACGGUCUAGUCCUGCGAGAUCUCAAACUCCGACGCUUCGUCUUCGCCAACCGUGAGAGGACGAAGCUGGUGCUGGAGGACCUGGAGGAGGCCUGUGUUCUGACGGGGCCGGACGACUCCCUGUGGGACAAGCACGCGUGCCCAGCCUACGUGGGACCUGAGGUCCUCAGCUCGCGGGCGUCCUACUCGGGCAAGGCAGCGGAUGUCUGGAGCCUGGGCGUGGCACUCUUCACCAUGCUGGCCGGCCACUACCCCUUCCAGGACUCCCAGCCAGCGCUGCUCUUUGGCAAGAUCCGCCGGGGGGCCUUCGCCCUGCCUGCCGGCCUCUCUGCUCCUGCCCGCUGCCUGGUUCGCUGUCUCCUCCGUCGGGAGCCAGCCGAGCGGCUCACGGCCACAGGCAUCCUGCUGCACCCCUGGCUGCGGGAGGACGCAGUCCCCCCAGCCCCAUUCCGAUCCCAUCCCUGGGAAGCCGACCAGGUGGUUCCCGAUGGGCCCGGGCUGGAGGAGGCUGAGGAGGAGGUGGGUCUGUAUGGCUAGGUCACCAUCCUGGACUGUCGGCUGCAGACAGCAGGUUGCGUUUGGGGGGCACCUCCGAACUUUCUCCUGCAUCUUCGGACUGAGCCAAACCUUAAGUGCCUUCUAGCAGGGGGAAUGGAGGAAGCAUGGGCAGCGUGCUGUGUGCACACCUGUGUCCCUGCACACACGGGUCAUGCUUGGCUGCUUCCUGUUCCCAAGUCCUGUUGGAGGUGCUGGGCACUGAACCAAGGGGACGAACCUUCUUGCUUGCAGAGCAGACAAGCUGGCACAGGUCAGUGUCUGUCCUGGCACACUUAGUACCAGGGUCCAGCCUCCACUUGUACUGGUGGCAGGUGCUUCUGUCCCUAGGACAGUCCCUUUUCCAAACAGCCCAGCUACCUUUGUAUCUUGCACCUUUCAAAGAAAGGGAAGCACCUCUAAGCCAAAGGCCCCGGGCUUUGCCCUCAGGACUCAGAGCCCAGGCCGGGCUGGAAACUGUGCUUUACCAAGGUGUUCUCUUUAAGGGGCACAAUGGCACCCCGUCUGUGAUCCCAGCAACUCCUGAGGCUGAGGCAGGAGGACCUCGAGUUUGAGUCCAACCUCAGUAGCUGAAUGAGACCCUGUCUGAAAAUAAGUUUAAAAAAUGGCUGGGGAUGGAGCUCAGUAGUAAAGAACCACAGGGGACAAAAACCAGAUGAAUGGAACAUUCUCCUUGCAGGCCUCAGUCAAAGAUUUGGGCCCAAAAGACCCAAGAAUUCAACUCUGAGGCUGGUCCUCAUCAGACUCAAGGAAUGCUUUGGAAUGGGGGUCCAAGCCGUCUGCUCCGUUAGCCCCUGACAAUGUUUGGGGCCAGGACUACACAGGGUUUGUGUGGGGCCACAUGGAAAGCCUCAGGCCCUGUUCUGGGCACACUCAGGGUUCAGGCCUGUAGUCAAUACUGUGGAUUUGGGACCAUGAGUUACAUAUUCUCACCUUGUGCCUAAUAAAAAA